CACCUGAUUCAUUCCACCAUCAAGCAGGACACCUGCUUCAUCCACAGUUUUUACUCCAGCUCCAGGCGCAGCAGGGAUGGAGAUAACUAAAUCUUUCCUUAAAGCUCAGAUUGGCUGGCUUCAAAUGCAGUAUGUGUUUGCGCUGGUUUGUCUUGUUGCCAUCGUCUACAAAUUAACGGCGUUGCUCAAAGAAAAAAAGCAUUCUCAUCGAAGCUGUGCACAAUUUCCAGGACCACCUCCACACUGGCUUUUUGGAAAUGUGAAAGAGUUUAAGCUCGAUGGACAAGACCUUUUCAAGCUUGUGAGAUGGGGACAACAGUACCCUUUUGCUUUCCCAAUGUGGUUUGGUCCCUUUGUUAGUACGCUCACCAUUCACCAUCCAGAUUAUAUGAAAACGAUAAUGACGUCGACAGAGCCAAAGGACACCUUUGCAUAUAGAUUUCUUACGGCUUGGAUUGGUGACGGCUUAUUGGUGUCACAAGGUCAGAAGUGGUUUCGACACAGGAGACUUUUGACCCCAGCUUUCCAUUAUGAUGUUUUGAAACCAUACGUAAAACUGAUGUCAGACUCUACUAAAACUAUGCUGGACAAAUGGGAAGGUUAUGCAAACACCAACAAGUCCUUUGAAUUGUUUGGACACGUGAGCCUUAUGACACUAGACACUAUAAUGAAGUGCGCCUUCAGCUACAAGAGCAACUGUCAGACCGAUAGUGGAACAAAUGAAUACAUCAAAGCAGUGUAUGAGAUGAGUUAUCUGAUUAAUAUGCGGGUCAGGACGUUUCCAUACCACAAUGACCUCAUUUUCUAUCUAAGCCCACACGGCUACAGAUACAGAAAAGCAGUCAAGGUGGCUUGCAGUCAUACAGAGGACGUCAUAAAAAUGAGGAAAGACACACUGAAAGAGGAGAAGGAGCUGGACCGCAUACAGGCCAAGAGAUACCUGGACUUUCUGGACAUCCUUCUCUUUGCAAAAGAUGAGAAUGACCAGGGUCUGUCAGAUGAAGACUUACGAGCCGAAGUGGACACCUUCAUGUUUGAGGGCCAUGACACCACAGCCAGCGGCCUGUCUUUCAUCCUCUACGUUAUGGCCUGCCAUCCCGAGCACCAGAAGCUCUGCAGGGAGGAGAUCCUUCAAGUCCUGGAUGGCAAGGACACUAUGGAGUGGGAGGAUCUCAGCAAAAUUCCAUACACUACUAUGUGCAUAAAAGAAUCCCUCCGUCUCUACCCGCCUGUACCAGGCAUAUCCAGAAUCACCACCAAACCCAUGACCUUUUUUGAUGGAAGGACUUUGCCGGCAGGGAGUCAUGUUGGAAUGAGUGUGUUCGCACUUCACAGGAAUGCAACUGUCUGGGAAAACCCUGACGUCUUUGACCCACUGCGUUUCCUACCGGAGAACGUUUCUAAGAGGUCGCCUCAUGCAUUCGUGCCCUUCUCUGCUGGUCCAAGGAACUGCAUUGGUCAGAACUUCGCCAUGAACGAGCUGAAAGUUGCGACAGCCAUGACGCUGAAGAAAUACAAGCUGAUCGAGGACCCCACUCUGAAGCCCAAGUUAAUCCCUAGACUGGUGCUUCGCUCAAUCAACGGAAUCUACAUCAAGAUCAAACCCGUAGACCCACAAGAGUAAAGGGAGAUAAAAGUGGGAAAUUCUAUUAAACCAGAUAAAACAUUACUCAGAAAUUACUCAGGAUGUGAAAUAUUUUAAGUUCUUGUAUUUCACUGAACCUUAAGCACUAACAGAAUCACAAACAGAUCAUAUGUAUUUUGCGGGUGAAUUAGUACUGACGGGGAAUUUGCAUUUGUAUGUUUUUAUAAUCACUGUGUCACACUGGAAGAGUUUUAAUGAGACAUUUCUGCACUUUUAGGAAUAGUACAUAGAUUGUGUUAAUACAUUUGCACCAAAUCAGUUUGUGAGAAAUAAAAAAUGCUUGAAAAUA